UCUAAACAGGAGAAGGUCAAUAUUCCAAACUACACGAUAAUAAACUUCUGAUAGUAAAAAGAUCCCUUCCAGUGACUGCUAAACCACUUUCGGGUUUUUUUUUCACAGAAAAGAGACAGAAUGAACGGAAUUCUUCUCAGCCUCCUGUUGCUUUGUACCGUGAACAUUUCACAGUGCUGUUGGAGGGAUGACGAAUGUCACCAUCACUCUUGUCAAUAUGGGAGUAGCUGUCGCCAUCACUCUUGCAGAUGCAUAGAGUGUCUCGAAGACGGCCAUUGUCAGUGCAGUGCCGGUCAGAUAAGUGAAUGUAGGAGUUAUCAUUUUCUCGGGCACACGUCUCACCACUGCCACUGUCAUGAUUCUGCUACCACCCAACAACCAUUUGUAAAACUAGAAUGCAACCACCAGAAGAUCAGCGUCAUCGAGUCCAUCGCAGAGAAUCUACACGUAGAGGACAGCAGGGCGGAGCCGUGCCCCGGUACAACCAAACACCAGACGUCCGAGGCCUUCGUCAUCAACAAGUGUAACUCGAAGGCAAGAAGUUCUUGGUCAAAGGGCGAACAGGUCAAGACGGAGUGUUCAAAUGAUGAAUUUUCUCCAUACACUCCAAUCUCUACUUUCUCUGAUCAAGGAAACAUGGCGGCUUUCUUAAUUGAUUGCACGAAAACCACUGAUGGUGUAGUCAUUGGUCUAACAAUCGCAGUACAGACUUGCCAUGAUGCCCCAAUGGUCAUGAACUUGAACGAGACUACGACUCCAAGGAUGUCGGAAUUUUACACUAUUUUACAGCAGAAGUAACGUCAUGGAAGCUUCUCUGAUGCUUGUUUUGUAAAACCAUCGCACAAAAAUUCCAUGACUAUUAAACAGUUUU